AUGGGUUGCUGCUUGUCCUUAUCGCGCGACAAUGACCGCCCUUCCUAUGCCGCCCAGGUAGUCACUGAAGAGCGCCGCCCCGAAGACUCUCAUCCCCGAGCCGUCGCAACCAGCAAUGCGCUCUCUUCCGCCAACUCGCCCGCCACUGCGCGCGCAUCCCGCACAAGAUCAAAUCACUUCCCACUGAGCCAGCAUUACAACUCUCCUAUCCGCCGUCAUGUCUGGUAUAGCAAACGUCGCAUGUGGACCCGCGCGCAGCUGGACCAAGAGCGCACCGAGUUUUUUGAAACGAGGGUGACGGGUCGUCCGGAAGUCUGGGCGGCUUUGUCUGCGGCCGUCUCAUUGCUGCGCACCGGCGACCUCGAAACGGCACAAAGUUUCGUUGACGCAGCUGGUAUCACCGUGCCCACGGGCGACCUCUGUCAAGGCUGCUAUGACGAACAGGGUGUCCUGUACCGGUUACCGCAGUGCAUCGUGAGCGACCCAGAGAAUAUCGUACGGUCAGACCAGGACCAGGGCGACUUCGACACGGACGAUGGCAAGCUGUCUUCGGACGAAGCCUCGGGAGACGAAUUAAUUGCCGACGACGUCGAACGCCGCCGGGACGAGAAGGGUAAGGCCAGUGAGCGCGAUUUGAUUCGGGUCCGCGCACGGCUGAGCGAUAGAGGCGGUCCCGACAUGACUCUGUCAGUCGUGAAAACAAUGAAUGUCGGUUUGAUCGCCCGAAAGCUGCAGCAAGAGGCGGGGAUACCUCGCACUCACCGCGUGAGAAUGGCCUAUCUAGGCAGGAUGCUCAAGGAACAUGUGCCCCUGGUCGACCAAGGAUGGAAUUCCGCCCACGUAAUCAACGCCCUCGUUGUCCCUCGGCCAUCGAUGUCAUGA